GCGGCGGCCACAUCCCCGUGUACGACGGCGGCGACUCUCUGUUCACCGCCGGCACGCUGCCAUUCGACACCAGGAAGUUCGAGGCCAUUGUCUAUUCUGAAGACGACAAAAGUAAGGGUCGGCAGUACAAUGUGUUGAUCAAGCACGCCGCUGCGAUCAGCCUUCUGCAGCCGAGGAUGCUCUUGGCGGGCUACCCCACGGACAUCCGGGAGGAGGUGCUGCAGGUCCUUGACAUCGUGGACGACAUCUUCGUCGUAGAUGUAUCUUCAACAGUACCCAUUGAACCCUUGCUACUGAUUGACUUCGUUCAGAAGAUUUUUAAGAUUGAUAUCUUGAAUGGAAAGUUCACUAAAGCUGAAUAUGCUAAGCUUUUGAAGGCCCUCAGUGGCAUGAGAAUUGAAGGUACAAACGAAGUAGUAAUCCAAAACUACAGAGUUGUUGGGUUGUUGUCGUCCUCGAAUUGUACUAAUGAUUCGAGUUUCGAAUCACCUCCUGGACCCAUGAAAAAGUUCAUAGAUGAUUCUAGAGAAAAAUAAAGUUCAUAGAUGAUUCUAGAGAAAAAUACAAUCUGGAACUGAAGUACAAGUUUCUCCCAUGGCUUCAAGUUUGCAGUGAGCAGAAGAUGAAAUAUCUUCCUAUAGAGGUUUGCAAGAUAGUUCCCAGACAGCUUUAUCAGAAGAAGCUGGAAGCCAGUCAGGUCGCAAGUGACUUAUCUGAUUGGAAGCUUCCAAUAUUCAUUGAAUGCUCAGAUAAAGUGGAAGAUGACCUUCAUUUGCGGUAUGGAGAAGCUCAGAAUGAGGGCGGAGGGAGGCACUCGGCCUUUGAUGAUGUACAAAAGAGUUUGCCGAUUGUUUCGAACAAGCCACCAGUUAUAUUUGGUGCUGAUGUUACCCAUCUUAAACCUGUAGAUGAUUCUGCCCCCUCCAUUGCAUCUGUCGGUGGCUCCGAAGAUUGGCAUGAGGUGUCCAAGUAUAGUGGUAUCCUUCCACAAAUUUACCGUAAAACACUCACUGAUGGCCUAGAAAAUAUUUUCAAAGAAAAAUGCAAUCAAGAGAUGAACAGGCUCAACCUUACCACUGGCUUUGAAGGAAAUGAGUUUGGACAAUCCAACUCUGUGUUUGAAACUGACUGUGAGCCCAUCAGAAAUACAGUAACGAUGAAACUUGAUGGGAACAAAGAGAAUGACUGGACAAGCUAUUGCCAAACGAUGGCUCAAGUUAAAGCUUGGUUCAUGUCCAAUGGUACUGCUGUGGAUGUAAGUGAACUGGUGGGCGAAGAAAAGUACAUCCAUGUGGUGCCGGAUAAUGGAACGUUUCAUCUUACGCUGACACACAGGGGAGAGUCCGUUGACUUAAUCAUAGAUGCCCGUGAAGCAUGGUUGAAGGGCGAAGCAAGCCCAGAUCUGAUAUGCGAAUUUAAUAGUUGUGACAGAUAUAUCUCCCAUGAAUUCGGCCAAAUGCUGAAAGAUUGCGAUGGUUCUUACUCAUCAGUGGCACCAGACCAUCGCAUUGAGUUAAUUCCAGUUGGAAAUCAAGCUCUGCUAGAGGCUUUUAGGAUAUUGAAGGCAGGACCAGGAGCAGAUAUCAAAGGAGAGCUGGUAUCAUCAUUCGAGGAAGCCUGUGGCGUAAUCAUAGUUCACUUUCUUGAGCCUUUAAAAUACCAUGAGAUAUUUGACUUUGUUUGCGAGGCUUUGAGAGAUGAUAAACCAAGUUAUUUGCCAAAGUACCUGGUCAAAGCCCUAAAAAUAUGGGGCAAAAUGGGUGAGACUGCUGGUAAGUAUGUCUUUCGGUCACUCACUGGAUCCCAAGUUGAUAAGUUCGAUAUAUCAUGGAGGGGGCUGAAACACUUAAAUCAUUUGAGGAUGUGGUAAAUAAUGUAUUCAUUAUGCCACAAGUUUUCCUUGAUCAUGUGUUCUUUAAGAAAGUACAGUUCAAGGAUACCACUUUCAGACCAGUGGAUCCUGGCCUAGGUGAUCCUGAUUCAUUCCUAAUGGUCAACUUAUACAGAAGAAUUGUGAACAAAUCAAAUCUGAACAAGAGGGAGAGGCAGUUCCUCCUGGAUCACGAGUUCUAUUUCGGAAAUAGAACUGGAGGUCCCCCCGUGCAAGCUUGCAGCGGCAGUCCUUGAGAAGGGGAAAGAUUCCAAACCAUGGAAGUCUGUUCUGCCCUUCCGGGGCCAGGUAGUCCGCAACAGUGCCAGACUGUUGUCCAUCUGGAAACAUCAUUUCAAGUGAGCAUGCUGGAAAUGCUGUAAACUUUUGGUCGCAGUAAGAACACAUCAAAUUUCUGUACAUUUU